AUGAAGGUUCUUCUGAUCUUCGCUUUGGCUGGAAGCUUCUUCCUGCAGCCAACUGGAUCUCUCAAAUGUUACACAUGCAACAACGAGCUCAGCAACAAGAAUUGUAACACAACUAAAGAUUGUGAAACAAGUGCAAAAGCAUGCAAAACAGAUGUGAUUGCUGUCGCACAGGUCAUCAACAUCAUCACGAAAGAGUGUUCUGCAUCAUGUGAAUCAUCUCUCAGUAACUUCACGGUUGGCAAAAGGAACAUUUCCUGCUGCAGCACUGACCUCUGCAAUGUGAGCGGCGCCCACAGCUUCAGAACAAGCUACGGCCCGGUGGUCUUGGCUGUUUUCACCAGCUUGGCCUGCCUCUUUCUCAAAGGCAGUCUGUGA